CUGUACCCAUUCCCGGGAGGUCAUCUCCAGUCCGUCGAUACCCCAUCCGAGACGCUUCUUUGAAGGCCAAGACAUUCGUUAAUUUAAACAAGAGUGAUCGACACGACCAAGAUACGAUAGAGAUUGAGGUGACAUUGCUUUUGCAUGAAUGCCACACAUCUGGAGCUCCUUAUUAUUUGGUACGCAUGAGCAAACACCACUACCUUCCGCAUAUACGUGCGGUCCGGCAGUCAGUCACUUGCAUCGUUCCGUUUCCACUGCUUGCCACGUUCGAGCUGCCGGCUUGGUUUCCUCCUCCCGCAUCUGGAGAAGUUUCCGAGCAGUAUCGACCCAAUGUCCUCGGCGUAGAAGACUUGGCAAAUAUAAGCUUCACGCCCAGGUGCAGCUGCAGCUGCCUAGACCAGUCAAGCUCCCACCAAGGCUUGUGCGGGAUGAAUUGUACCCUAGUCGAUAAUGAAGGUCAAUGUAGACAUUCAGCAGAAACAAAGGGCUGCCAGCAGGUAUAUAUAUGAGCAUGAGGAGUACCCAAAUGCCCUCAUCAGCUUCAGUUC